CAUCCAUUAUUUUUUGAAUUUUCGUGACUUAUUUCAUUUUGUUAGUAAUGUCUCUGGAUUCUAUAUUACGUUUGCUAGCGUUCCUGGAGUUUUCUGUCUUGGUUAGUUCAGCAGUGUUUUCUUCGAAUGAAGAAUCGGCGUUGGACAGUUAUAUCAAUAAUCUCAUUGGAUGUAAAGAUAUUCCUGGCCUUGGAUUAGCAGUUGUAAAAGAUGAUGAAGUCUUUUCCAAAGGAUACGGAUUAGCUGAUAUAGAAAAACAAACACAAACAACCAGUUCGACCAUUUUCUGUGUGGGUUCAGUAACAAAGUCGAUGACAGCGAUGCUCCUAGCUCGUUUGAUAUCUUCUGGCAAAUACAGACUUCGCUGGACCACAAAGAUAAAAGACGUAUUAGGACCCGACUAUACAUUUAUAGAUGAUUGUAUUACAGACUCAGUUACUCUAGAAGAUAUUUUGUCUCAUCGCACAGGAUUGGCAUCGGCGGAUCUUCUAUUACAAGCCGGGAUUUCAGAUUCUUUUACGAGAGAGCACAUGAUGAAGAAUCUUAAUUACCUACCAAAACUGCAAGAAUUUCGGGAUUCUUUCUUUUAUAAUAAUAUAGUUUACAUUCUCGCGGCACAUGUAGCUGAGAAGAGAGCUAAUAAAAGCUGGGAACAAUUAAUGAAGGAAGAAUUACUAGUUCCUUUGAACAUGACGUCAACAGUAAUAUUAGAUGAUGGAAAUAAUGAAACGCUGGCUGUUCCCUACAUUGUUGACAAAACUGGAAAGCUGUACAAAUCUGACGAACGACUCUAUAGACUGCACCCUUUUGGACCGUCUGGUAGUAUUUGUGCAUCAGCUGAUGACAUGACCAAAUGGUUAAAUUUGAUCACAUCUCAAGGAAAGAUUGCUGAAGGUUCAAAACAAAUCAUUACUGAAUACGUCUUCAACGGACAAUUCAAUAUAAAAAGUGUUCUAAAUACCAUGUGGGCUAACGCAUACAGUUUGAAACUACCACAGUUCCCAGUAGCGUUUGACACAUUAGGCUAUGGAUAUGGAUGGUUUGUGUCAUAUUACAGAGGUAGGUGUAGUAAAGUUCCUAGACAAACACAUGGAUAUAAAUCUUUUCGGAAUUAUGAGGACAUUUUCAUCAAUAUCGUUAUUUUACAAUUAUUACGAGCAUUUAAGAUCCCAAAGUGCACUUAUGGAAAAAAAAUCAAUACACAUAAUACACACUAUUCUCAUAUUAUAGGUCACAGAGUGCUCCAUCAUUCGGGAUCAUUGUAUGGUUAUAGCUGUAAAAUAACAUAUCUUGCUGACCUCAAUAGUGCCUUCGUAUUCUUCACAAAUGGGCCAGGAGAAACUAAAUUCGACGAAACUAUUGAACCUGUAUUCUUCUAUAUGUUAGAUUUAAUUUUGGGUUAUCCGAAUUGGAUCAAUGAAACAGCAGCAUGUCCCUACCCAGCUCCUUGGAGGAAUCGCCGCAGUAAAAGAUCUACUGAAGACGUUAUGUCGAUUUCUGGUAAAGAACUAACGGAAAUGGAUAUGCAUACUGGUGUGUAUAGCCAUCCGUUGUACGGAAGUGUGGCUAUAACGAGAAUCAAUAACACCCUCCAUAUCAGAUACGGUUUAAUAUUGACAGGCAAACUUAUUCCAACGUCAUCUUCCUUUCAACUUCAGUUGUUUCAGCCUUUGCGUGAUGUCUUUCUUUCUAUCAUUAAUGUGUCUUUUCAAAAUCUGUCGAUUCAGAACAAAUAUCAAAAUCUUGAGUUUGUAUCCCUAUUCGAGAAAUAUACCUUUUCAAGGGUUGAUGGCGAUGUCAGCGGUUCCAAUACAGUACAUUGUCAACUGAAAUUAGUUUUCAUAUUAAUAAUACUGAUGCAAUAUAUUUGAAGUUUAAAUGUCAAAUACAUGUAGUUUAAUAGUGUUAGAAGAAUCGUUACCUUUUGAAAGUCUAAAUCAAUUCUUCAAAUAACAUAA